AUGCGCUGUACAACCCCCUCCGUCCUCAGCCUCAGCCUAGUGCUCACCACCGCUGCAACGGCUGCUGUGACAUCUGCACCCCGCAACGACGCCGUUGACUACGGCUCCUGGGACUUCUCCGGCUCCGCCAUGUUCCCCGUCAGCGGCUACACCUCCUACCGCGUCGACGCAACUUAUCGCAACGCCGAGCUGGCGGCGCCCGUCGCCGUCGCAUGCAGCUAUCUCUACAACCCCAGGGACAGGGCCGAGACGGCGUCGUGCUCGGACCCGAGCUUCUCGUAUGACUUUGGGGGCGUUCGCCAAGCGCAAGCGAACACCGUCGCGACCGUGACGCUGAGGCAGACCGUCGCGCUGUCGGGGGCCAACGUCACGGUGACGGGUGCGAGACACUUCAGUUUCGACUUUAGCGGCGGCGCCGGCUUCACGGGGACCGCUGCGGGCGUCAUUGACGCGAAGACGGCGACGGCGUGA